CAAUUUACCGUUAUAGUAUGAUAUUGAUUUACCUCGAAAAGGUAAGAAAAUUCGUUUUUUUGUGGCCAAGGGAUUGAUCAGGAACAAUGAAUUAGGAAUACUAACCUUGGAAGAAUCCAAACAAGUGCAGCUCUGUCUCUCUCUCUCCUCUUUUCAUUUUCCCAUAUUCCAGGUUUUAAUAAUUGUAUUUAUAUUCGGGGAUCAGAUUCAUCUCCCAACAACUUAUUUGGAAGAUUACCCUCACAAUCAAUUAUUUGAAAAGCAAGAAUUAUGAUAAGAUUCUGACACCUCAAGGGCAACAACUCUGUCCUUAUUGUCAUUCUUCCACUCACUCCACAUACUGAGUCAACAGCACAAGAAGUAUUGCUUCUUUUUCCUCUCUAUCUUUUUGUUCAUCCCUGUUUACCAGGCUGUUUAAGGAUUUCAUUGGGUAGACAGCAAGAAACAUGUUCAAGGUUGUUCCGAGAAAGCUCUGCACUUCAAGAUCAUUCCUUGUUCAUUUCUUCAACAAGGAAUUCUCUAGCACCUCACAAAGGAAGCUGGAAGGCAAGGUAGCAUUGAUCACGGGAGCGGCGGGAGGUAUUGGUAAAGAAACUGCCGCGAAAUUCAUCGACAAUGGCGCUAAAGUCGUGAUUGCGGAUAUACAAGAACAGCUGGGCAAAGACACCGCCGCGAAACUCGGCGAAAACGCCGCCUUUGUCACCUGCGAUGUCUCCGAAGAACGCGACAUCUCCGCCGCCGUGGAUUUCGCGGUGUCGAAGCACGGCAAACUCGACAUCAUGUACAACAACGCCGGCAUCGCGUGCCGGACUCCGGCCAGCAUCGUCGACCUGGACAUGGCGGCGUUCGAGCGCGUGAUGGCCGUCAACGUCCGCGGCGUGGUGGCCGGGGUCAAGCACGCCGCGCGCGUGAUGAUCCCGCGCCGCUCCGGGACGAUCCUGUGCACGGCCAGCGUCACCGGCGUAAUCGGAGGGCUGGCGCAGCACACGUACAGCACAUCCAAAUCUUCGGUGAUCGGAAUCGUGAAAUCCGUCGCCGCCGAGCUCUGCAAGCACGGGAUUAGGGUUAAUUGCAUUUCGCCGUUCGCAAUUCCGACCGCCUUCGCGAUAUCGGAAAUGAAGGAUUACUUCCCCGGCGUCGACGACCGGGGCCUCGCCGGAAUGUUACACAAGGCGGGGGUGCUGGAAGGAGCUUAUUGCGAGCCCUGUGACGUGGCUAACGCCGCCGUUUAUUUGGCCUCCGACGACGCCAAAUAUGUCAGCGGCCAGAAUCUGGUGGUCGACGGUGGCUUUACAUCAAUGAAAAAACUGUUCUAACACAAUCUUACGCAUGAAAUCUUCUGGUGCUGCAAAAACCAGGGAGGAGAUCAGAUACUUAAAAUGAUGGCAAGCAGACAACAAGACAGGUUAACCUUAAGAAACCAGAAUGCUGCAAACUGCAAAGGUAGCAUAUGCUAAUGAAGAAAGGUCUGAUUUGCAGAUUGCUUGACAAAAGAGAUAUUGACAUGAGUGAAGAAAAGGUACCUAAUCCAUCAGUGAACAAUUUGAACUGUCCAAGAGCCUGCCUGAUGAACAUCUCGACCCCGCUAACCACUGCAGCUCCAACCUCGGCAGCCUCUUGCAGCAGUCGAGUGUUUCGAGGGGUGUAAACCGCAUCAAACACCAGGUCGUACGAUUUCAAGGCCUCCUAAUCAAGGGCAGCACAGAAAGACAGAAACAUUUAAGAUGUUAUCCUGUUCUGGUUGGAAAGAUCAUACUAAUUGCUUAAAGUUUCUUGGAAGAUUUUAGGGAGUAACAAGAGAAACCUUGCAAACCGGAGUUUGAUCUAUCCUCGGCUGCAUGCCAAUGGCAGAAGAGUUCGCGAGGAUCAUCCCAGUCUCGGGGCUAAACUCGUUUAUGCAUUCAAACGGAAAGGCCUCUCCAGACACAGCAAUGGCAAGAGCCUUUGCUCUCUCUUCACAAACCAGAAACCAAUUAGUAAAUGCAAAUCAUUUUUGGUUGAAUAAGAGGAUUAUUACCAUUUUGAGUACUAUUGACUCUGUUACAAUGCAGUAUCUGUUCAUAAGAGGAUUAUUACCAUAAUUCCGGUUGAAAAUCA